CUACUCUAACUUAGUUGAUCGGAAACCUAUCUGGGCUAGCUAAAGCCAACUAUAUAAAACUGCUAGAUGGCUGGUAUUAUUACAGAAUGUUAUUUUUACGUUUCUUUUUUUAAACAGGCAGGUGCCCUCUCUGGAUGUAUCUGUGAAUUUGAAUGUCAAUAAAAGGAGACUUCAUUAUACACUCAGGUGUGGUUGUUUUAAACUGGGAUGUACCACAGUUUGCUGCCAGCCUGAAUGUAUCACCUUUAGCACAUUGAACAAUAAUGUUUAUGUGAGUGGCAUAUAGCUUAGGCUCAGUGGUGUUUAAGUGGCCCGCAGUGGAUUAUCCUGGUGAGGUUUAAACCAGACCUUUGGGCCCUUGGCUUGUGUUAUUCCAGCUACUGUACUACCAUGUCACCCUGUCAGACCUUAGUUGUGUCCCAAAUGACACCCUAUAUAGUACCCUACUUUUGUCCAGGGCCCUAUGGGGAUCUGGUCAAAAGUAGUGCACUACAUAGGGAAUAGGGUGCCAUUUUGAGACGUAUGCACAGUACUACCCACUCAGGCCUAUAGUGUUAGCCUUCAGUUGCAGUGAAUGAUUUUGGGGGAACGCUAUUUGAAUACUAGGUAUCAGAGUAGAAGUGCUGAUCUAGGAUCAGGUCUCCCCUCUCCAUGUAAUCUUCUUCGUUAUGAUCUGAAAGGCAACACUGAUUUUAGAUCAGCACGCCUACUGCUCGAUGAAUAUGUCCAUGGUUAACUUAAUAUGCAGUGAAACUCACAUAUUAUCAUAGAAUAUUGUGACUGGAGUGAAACGUUGUCGAGACGGAUGAAGGAUUGCUGACCACUGUGUCCUCUCCUAUCGAAAUAUAACUACUAGAACAGUCUUGCCAUGUUCCCGAGAGGCUUUACCCCUUCUAGUAUUUCUUGUUCUAUGUCGUCUCCUUUUAUCCCUGUCUUGUGUUUUUUUUGAGUGUGGGAGUAACGUCAUCACGGAGGAAUCACAUGAGACGGCAUGACAAGGAGACGACGGAAUAUAUCAUCCGAGUACAAAGGGGCGUGUGUACAGAAAACAGUUGGCAGGUCAUAAAGCGAUACAGCGACUUUGAUAUGCUGAAUAGCAGUUUGUUGGUCUCUGGCGUCAGCCUGCCUCUACCACCUAAGAAGUUGCUAGGUAACAUGGACAGGGAGUUCAUAGCAGAGAGACAGAGAGGACUACAGGUCUACCUAGACUUUAUUACUCAGCAUCACAUCCUAGCCACCUGCCAACUGGUCAAGAAGUUCCUCGACACCAACAACUACUCUGCCAACUACACAGAAAUCGCCUUACAGCAGGUAUCCAUGUUCUUCAGGUCGGAUCCUAAGUGGGAAGUGGUGGAGCCUCUGAAAGACAUUGGGUGGAGGAUACGGAAGAAAUAUUUCCUAAUCAAAAACAAAGAACAACCCAAGGAACGUCAAGUGUUGAGUUGGGUUGACUUGGGUCCAGAUAAAUUCCUGUCAGACAAAGACCUUCAGUCGACCAUGAAGCUCCUACCCAGCCUCACUAAUCCGUACAUCUACCCGGUGACGUUUGCCAACACCAGUGAGUUGUCUGCUCUGGUCAUCAGGAUGUUUCAAGAAAAAGGCACUCUGAGGGAUCUCAUAUGUAAGGUGAAGCCUAAAGAGGCCUUUAUGAGGAAGUACUGCAGCCCCAAGAAGAUCCAGGGACUGGAGCUGCAGCAGAUCAGGAUGUACGGACGACAGAUUCUGGAGGUUCUGAGGUUCUUCCAUGACAAAGGUUUUCCGUACGGUCACCUCCAUGCCUCUAACAUAGUGAUAGAAGACAACACGUGUAAAGUACUGGACAUAGAGAACAGCCUCCUGGGCCUGCCCUCGUACUACCGGCCCUACAUCACACAGUUCAGGAAAAUCAACACGACAGAGAGUAUAGACGUAUACUCGUUUGGACACUUACUGUAUGAAAUGACGUACGGAAGACCUCCUGAUGCUGUGCCUGUCGACCAGUACCCUGCUGUGACUUACACCUCAGUGGUGUCUGUGCUGCAAUCCAUCCUGUCCACAGAUGCCUGUAAGACUGGGAUGCCCACUGUUGCACAACUGCUGCAGACACCGCUGUUCAGCGAUGUGCUGCUGUUUCACUCAGAGAAACUCCAGUUCAAGAUCCCCACCAAAUUAAGAGACGCCUUGAAAUCCGCCAAAGAGUGCAUGGAAAAGAGACUCCAAGAAGAGCAGAAAACGAACCAGCAGCACAGGAGGCUGACCAGAGCUCAGUCCCACCACGGCUCAGAGGAGGAGAAGAGGAGGAGGAAGAUACUGGCUAGAAAGAAGUCCAGACAGUCGGCCUAUGAGAACGAGGAGGAUCUCUCUGUGAAAUACAACAACAACUCUGGUUCAGGAGCCAGCUCCCCACCGACCUCUCCCUCCUCCCCCACCCCUCCUCACACUACAGGAGUUGCACCACCUCCUCCUCCUCCUCCUCUACCACCUCCAAGUGAUAACCCUGGCCAGUCCCACGCCCCUCCGCAUCCUCCUCUCCCUGGGCCAGGUCCUCCUCCUGCCAACGGUGUGGGGCGUGGUGCCCUCCUCAGCUCCAUCACGUCAUUCAGUAUAGGCAAACUGAAGAAAGCAGUGACCAUCGACCGCAGCAUCCAACACUCUGAAGAGGGCCGCUCUUCCUUCUCGUCCUGACCCUGUGGCCCCAGUCACCCCUAAAGGUUACCUGUCGUCCUGACCCUGUGGUCCCAGUCACCCCUAAAGGUUACCUGUCGUCCUGACCCUGUGGUCCCAGUCACCCCUAAAGGUUACCUGUCGUCCUGACCCUGUGGCCCCAGUCACCCCUAAAGGUUACCUGUCGUCCUGACCCUGUGGUCCCAGUCACCCCUAAAGGUUACCUGUCGUCCUGACCCUGUGGUCCCAGUCACCCCUAAAGGUUACCUGUCGUCCUGUUCAAUCAUAUUUUUGCUCUUUCAGGUUUUUUUUGCUUCUAAAUUUAGUUCCCGUCCGAUGAGUUGACCCCCAGCCCCGCCCCUUAAGGUUUGAGGUAGGGGACGGGGCAUCAACUCCUUUCCAAUAUGGCCGCCUCGUUGGUUCUCCCUUUAGCACAAACAUGACUGGUCAGUGGACUGUACAGGUGGUUUAAAGAUGAGGUGGCAUCAGCCUGGUGUCUAUCUGGAAGACUGCAGUGAAGGACUUUAUGAUUUCAGUGGAACGUCUUCUUAUUUACAGCGAAGUGACUUGAAUGAAAUGUACAAGCAACUGUGAGGGAAGUGAUUCAGAAAGCAAACACAUGAACCACAGGUGUUUUAGAGGGACUGGGACUCUGACCUGACAUCCAACAGCCAUGUCAUCACAGAGACGACUAUGAAAGAACUGUCUGUCAUCACUGUGAGACGACUAUGAAAGAACUGUCUGUCAUCACUGUGAGACGACUAUGAAAGAACUGUCUGUGUCACUGUGGCGACUAUGAAAGAACUGUCUGUCAUCACAGUGAGACGACUACGAAAGAACUAUCUGUGUCAUCACAGUGAGACGAUUAUGAAAGAACUGUGUCAUCACAGUGAGACGACUAUGAAAGAACUAUCUGUGUCAUCACAGUGAGACGACUAUGAAAGAACUAUCUGUGUCAUCACAGUGAGACGAUUAUGAAAGAACUAUCUGUGUCAUCACAGUGAGACGACUAUGAAAGAACUAUCUGUGUCAUCACAGUGAGACGACUAUGAAAGAACUAUCUGUGUCAUCACAGUGAGACGGCUAUGAAAGAACUGUGUCAUCACAGUGAGACGGCUAUGAAAGAACUAUCUGUGUCAUCACAGUGAGACGGCUAUGAAAGAACUGUGUCAUCACAGUGAGACGGCUAUGAAAGAACUGUUGGUCUGUUAUGUUUAUUGUAUCUUUUUUUUUUUUUAGCUUUUUGUUUUCUUCUAAUGAAUGGAAGGAGAUGUGAUGCUGUUGGACUGUCUGUGGUGCUUAUAUCUAUGUGCCACAUUCAUCUCUGUGCCUGCGUCAAUAUAUGGCCUUGUGUCCCAAAUGGCAUCCCAUUUCCUAUAUAGUGCACUACUUUAGUAGUAGUCCGCUAUAUAGGGGAUAGGGUGCCAUUUUCAAAUGCACAGAUAGAUACAAAAAAAAUCAAUGGACGCUGCAAGGAUUAAAACCUCAGUUUACCCAUGGCCGCUUGUUUAGUAAACGAGAACCACCAGAAAUCUGUCACCAUUCAGUAUGCAAAAUAAUUACCCCAAAUGAUGACAUGCUGUACUUACUGGUAUUAAUCAGUAACAGUAUACAAAUUAAGAUUCAAAUACCUUUUUUAAAAGAUUGUUUUGCUUUUUCCUCUCCAAAAUAGCAGUUUAAAGAUGUUGAAGGAUUGACUAUUUCUCUGCUGCACUUGACUGAGGGGGAGGGCUUUUCUCUACGAUCCAGGUUUGACACACAACUGUGAGCGGUUUACUGGGUGAAUGUAUCUAAAAAAAAUUGAUUCUGGUGUUUACAAGAAAUUAAUCCUAAUCCUGAAAUGAGUUAACGAGCUAAUCUGUUAUUGAUCAUCAUAAUCUGUACCUCUGCUACAUCCAACCACUGUCAGAGGAACUGAAGGAACAGUACAUCCUCAAUCUGUCUGAAAAGCCAAGUUACAAUCUGCAAAACUGUCUGAAAUGCUUUGUCUUGUCAACAUUACAAGAUUAACUUGUUUUGAAGAUUGAUAUAUUGGCACAUUCAGGACAAUUACUAAUUGGCUGCAUUUGCACAGGUAGCCCAAUUCUUAUCUUUUGCCAAUAAUUGGUCUUUUGGCCAAUCAGAUCAUAUCCUUUGCCAAUAAUUGGGCAACAGAUAAGAACUAGGCUGCCCGUGUAAACGCGACCAUGGAGUUUCAUUAUCUCUGCUUAUUGUUACCUUCUCUUUACAUCACUAACAGAGUGGUGUGUGUCCUUGUAUGUAACAAUACCCAGAAUACAUUUCCCCUCAUUAUGUAAUUUUAUCCAAUCUCUCACCUCUCUCUCUUUUCCAGUUCAGGGGGUCGUCUAAGCGAGGCUUCAGUAUGACAUUGUGUUUAUUUGGCAGCCGUUUGUCCAAUAAGAAUGCUCCCUGCUGCAUAGUUUAUGUAAUUAGUUUAUAAUUAAGUCUUUCUAUCAUUGCUGCCUGCCAACCUUUCUGAUUUGCACUGCUGAGUAUGGAGUUUUAAAGUAAAUACUAUACCACCUUUUGGCAGUAUGAAUUAACAACUCGGUGACAGGAAAACAAAAAUAUUUUAUGAUUGAAGAUGACUGCACUUUAAAAUGAAGUUACUAACAUUUUCCAACCCCUUUUUUUGGGGGUUGGGGUGGUGGGGGUUGUAUGAAACCAUAUAUUGUCCGUCUGCUGCAUUAAAACAUUAAAAUUCAUAACUGUUUGGGGUUUGUAUGUUUUGACCCUGCACAGCUGUGUCGGAAAAAGAAAAAAAAUACAAUUAUCGAGAUUGUCGUAUUAUACUUAUUUUAUUAAAAUCAUGGACUGAAA